AUGACGUGGCUCGCCGGUGCGGCGCACCUCGACUGGGGCUCCGUCUUCCUCGUCGCCCUCACCCUCGUCGUCUUCUUCAUCCCCGUCCUGAUCCUCUUCCCGCCCAUCCCCGUCGAGCGCAGCGAUGCCCUGCGCCAGACUCACACCAAGCUCGGCCUGCGUGGCCCCGACAGCAACCUCGCCACACAAUAUUCCCCGUCCGCCCAUCGCCCGCGGCCCGACGCCCGUCCACCCACCAUCCAGAGCCUGCACGUCUAUCCUGUCAAGUCUUGCCGCGGCGUCGAGCUCAGCCACGCAAAGGUCCUCCCUACGGGCCUCGAGAAUGACCGCCUCUUUGCAUUUGCCCAACUGAAGCCCAGGCCGCUCGCCGCCGAGACUGACCAUGAGCCGACGUGGGAGGUUCUGACGCUCAGGCAGGCGCCGCUGCUGGCCAAUGUCAAGGUCGACAUCUGGCUGCCCGACCCGAGCAAGACGAGCCGGCAGCUGGGCAAGAUGGAAGAGGCCUUCCUUGUGCUGCGGUUCCCCGGCGCCGCCGGCUCGGGUCCCCGGCGCCUCGUCCAGCUGCUCGCCGCCAAGCUGAGCCGCGGCCUGAGCGCAGUGCCAGAAAUGGAGCUGAUGUUGCCCCUCGACUUCCCGUCCAGCGACGACAUCACCGCCCGCGGCUACAAGUACGAGGCCGUCAAGAUCUGGAAAGACACGCCGUGCGCCCUCAACAUGGAGCGCGAGUUGCCCCCCGAGCUCGCCCGCUACCUCGGCCUCAAGCACCCCCUCGGCUUGUUCCGCAUGGACCCGGCUAACCAGCGGCAAGUCUUUCGCUGCGCGCCGCACAAAGAUGCCCUGGGCUACCAGCCCGUAAUCGACUUUCACGACGCGUACCCCUUGCACAUGCUCAGCCUAACCAGCAUACGUGACUUGGAGACCAAAAUCCAAAAGGACCAGGCCAUUCAGCAUCUCGACGCCCGCAGAUUCCGGGGCAACAUCAUCAUUUCUGGUGCCGAAGCAUAUGAUGAGGACGACUGGAAGUCGGUUCAGUUCACUCAGCCCGCGGAUGGCAGAGGCAACGAGACCCCUCCCAGCGUCUUCGAUGUCUCCUGCCGCACGGUGCGAUGCAAAUUACCCAACGUUGACCCGGCCACCGGUAUACGUCACCGGCUAGAACCGGAUCACGCUCUUCGGAAACAUCGUGAAAUCGACUCAGGUGCGCCCAAGGCCGGCUGCCUCGGCAUGCAGCUCUGCCCCGUCUUCCAUCCUUCGGGCGCGCCGGAGCAUCUUCAGACAGUUCUGGAGGUGGGCAUGCAAGUCCAUGUCCUGCAGCGAGGCGCUCACUAUUACGUCGGCCAAGGACAGCAGCAAAAAGAGCCCCAGGUUCCAGACAAAAAGCACAAUGGCGCGACAUGA